AUGGAAGUUUCAAAAGUAGGGACCCUCAACACAGAGGAUAUUCAAACGAAGUUAGACAAGAAAUUGGGACCGGAGUAUAUCUCAAAAAGGAUUGGCUUUGGGGCAAGCCGCGUAGCUUAUAUUGAAGGGUGGAAAGCUAUAAAUCUGGCCAACCAGAUUUUCGGCUAUAAUGGCUGGAGCACUGAGGUCAAAAAUAUCACUAUCGACUUCAUGGACGAAAGCCAAGGCAAGUUUUGCGUUGGGUGCACCGCGAUUAUCAGAGUUACUUUGAAAGAUGGCACCUUCAGGGAAGACAUUGGAUACGGGACGGUAGAGAAUGAGCGCCGCAAAUCUUCGGCGUUUGAGCGGGCAAAAAAAUCAGCCGUGACGGACGCGCUGAAGCGCAGUUUACGCGCGUUCGGAAACGCGUUAGGAAAUUGCCUCUACGAUAAGACUUUUCUGGCCAAGAUAGACAAAGUUAAGUUUGAUCCCCCAGACUUCGACGAAGGUAACUUGUAUCGUGCUACAGACGAACUUAACGAACCGGCGAGGUCUCAUACAGUUGAAAAUGACGGGGCAGGACCUCCUUCAAAGAGGCGAAACAUGAAUGACACCAGACCAAACUCGACCAAUGCCGGUAACUUGGCCCCUGCCGCUCCCUUGGGCGAAAAUCAGCAGCGAAGUAUUCAUGCUCAACAACAAUCGCGGCAACAACCACAGCCACUACCACCACAACCUGAGCACGACCCUGAUGAAUUGCUGGACGAUUCUUUCAUGUUUAGUGACGAACUCCAAGAUGAAGACAUCCUUGCUGCAGGCACUGUUGAGGCUGCGCCCACAACUGAACAUGUCCUGUCUGUACCAAGAGCCACUGACCUUGCUUCUGAACCUUUUGCUCCCGUUGCUUUCGUGACGGCUAAAGCUGCGCCAAAUCUACAAAAUAAAGCUCCAGUUCCAACAGGCGGCAUCUUCGACCCAAAAUUUAAAGCUCAAUCAAUAAGACAUACAGUGGACCAAACAACAUCUUCGCACAUCAAGACUAGCAUGCUUAGAGAAAAGGGACUGCCGAAUCACAGAAGUGAUAUUUAUAAUAGGUUUGCUCCGAAGGGUAAGUUACUCGAUGACACUAACACCUCUGCAGACUCGCGAACACUGAAUCGGGAACCCCAACCUCAACCUCAACCUCAGUCAGCAACUAACACUCUUCAAAAUUCAGCGGUCAACGAAAGUCGACCUAAUGCCAACCAACCUGCCAGGCAGCAGCCUCCUAAAUCUGGGAACUCUGUACCCGCUCAGGCGAGAUUGCCCAGCAUGAAGCCAGUAGGAAAAGGAAAUCCCACGCUUCCAAAUGUCAGAAAUUGA